AUGGUCUCUCUCGAAGGACCAGGUGUGCCCCCCAGUGAGAAACCACUUGCAGUGCCAAGCUAUCCAAGCAACUGCCUCCAAUUCGCAAAGCUGCUAAAAGAAACUGCCUCGCAUGUCGCUCAGCCGAAAAUCUCGCCUGUGAAUUUGAACGUUAUACUCGUCGGGGCUGGCCUGGGAGGCCUAGCAGCGGCCAUAGCCCUCAUUCAAGCCGGCCACACAGUAACAAUCUAUGAACAGACUGCAGUGCUUGGUGAAGUAGGUGCUGGUAUUCAAAUCCCAUCUAAUUCGACCCGAGUAUUAUUCAAACUGGGGCUUCAGCCAUAUUUGAAGCCUUACAUCACGGAGCCAGAGUCCAUCGCUUUCCGGAGAUGGCAGAAUGGCAAGGUUAUCGGAAAGACAAAGCUGGUGCCGGAUUUUGUCGAGAAUUUCAACGCUCCAUAUUAUGUGAUUCAUAGGGCUGAUUUCCAUUCGGCCCUGUACCAGAAAGCACUUGACAUGGGCGUUGGCAUCAAGUUAGGAGCAAGAGUUGUUGAUUACGACCCUGUACAAGGCGGUAUAACUCUCGCGGAUGGCACGGAACACUCAGGAGACCUCGUUGUUGCUGCAGAUGGUAUCAAAUCGGUGGCUCGGAAGGUUUUGCUGGAAGGGCAAGAAAUGCCUUUCAGAAAGCCCAGAUUCGCCGCCUAUCGUGCGGUAGUCGACAUGAAUAUGAUGAGAAAUGAUCCUGAAAUGUCAUGGAUUCUAGAAAGGCCAGCUUUGAAUAUCUGGAUCGGAGACUCCAGGCACGUCAUGACGUACACAAUUGGCGCCGGGCAAGCAUUCAACAUGGUCCUAUCCCAUCCUGAUACAUCAGACCCCGCCACCUGGAAUCCACAGAGAGCACUUGAAGACAUGAAAGCGCAAUUUCAGGGCUGGGAUCCAGUGCUUACAAAAAUAAUCGGCAUGGUUGAGAAAACUGACAAAUGGCCCUUGCUCAGCGGCUCUCUGCUCAAUCGUUGGACGGUAGGGAAGCUCGCCAUACUGGGCGAUGCUGCUCAUGCCAUGCUUCCAUACAUGUCACAGGGUGCUGCGAUGGCAGUGGAGGAUGGCGUAGCCCUGGCUCGUUCGUUAUCGCACAUGGACUCCAUAGAGCAGUUGCAGGAAGCACUAGAUAUUUUUGAGAUGGUGCGCAUUGAGCGCGCUGGCCAGAUGCAAGAGGCUAGCCUUCUCAACGGCCAACUGUGGCAUUUUGCUGAUGGGCCCCUGCAAGAGGCGCGAGACGCCGCGAUGGCACCGGAAGUAGAGGGGAUCCCAUUCAGUCAUAGCCCAAACCAGUGGAGCGACCCUGCCACCCAGAUGUGGUGUUACGGCUAUGAUGCCGAUAAGGAAAUUGACGCAGCCUGGACAAAGGCCGGGACGUGGAAAGUCAGCUCCGUCUUCUAG